AUGCCACGCCGUUCUCACGACUCCAUCAACACAGAGCCUCAAAAAGAUCUACGAUCUCAGAGACGCAGUAGGAACCGACUGGCGAAGCAAUCUGCGAAAUAUUAUGGAUAUCGUUGUGUGCAACCCGGCUGGAUCGACCAAGAGUAUUUGUCCAUAAGCGGAUUACCACGAAACCCCUUCUAUCCCAGCCCUAGAAUCUUCGCAAGCUCCGGUCCCCUUCUUACAGAUGCCGCCAACUUCAAAGUGGCAACAUGGACCAAACGCGACAUGUGGCUGGACCGUGACGCUGACAUUUGGCCACUCGACAUAAGACGCCAUAAAGGACGGAGGAUAAGGGAUAAAUUCUGCUGGAAGUGGAACGAGCUAGAAUUUGGCCGAAGGACGAAGCAGAAGUCUCGGUAUCUCGAUUUCGCCGCUGAGGAUGGCGAAUACUUGGCCGUGGACCUUGAUCUCGACAUGGACAACUCGGUUUACUGGGACUUUGAAGAACACUGGUUCGAUGACCCUGAUGAGAUUCGCAACGAUCGAAAUGAGCGACUGCCCCGCUAUGUCAGUCUCGAUGGCGAACUUUACACGGAAGAUAUCCCGGACGAGGUCGACUCUGAGUACGCUGACAGUCUUUGCGAGAGCGAACUUAGACAGCUUUAUCACGACACCGGCGACGGAGACGAUUUCAGCAUCAUUUCAGAACUAGAGCUAUUGGAUACUCAAUCCUCAGCUUCUAUUGAAGAUGAUUAUGAAAUCAUUUGA